AAUCCAUAGCUCUAUUAAUAAAUUUCCAAGCCCCAAACCCCCACUCCCUUCCUUCCUCUCUCUCUCUCUCUCUCUCUCUCUCUCGAUCUCUAUCCCCCAAAACCCUCGCCACCGCCACCUCCGCCAGGUGGCAAAGUUCCGAUUCACCACAGAAACAAUAAUCAAACCCUAGAAAAACACCUUCAAUGGCAGCCACGGCGGGUUCCGAAGUCUCCGACGGCCCGGUCCUCAGCCUCAUCAACAAGCGCAUCCGCGCCCUCCGCAAGAAGCAGAACCGCAUCCUCCAGAUGGAGGAGUCCCUCGCCCAAGGCAAAGUCCUCAACAAUGAGCAAAAGGAGGUCCUCCGCUCCAAGCCCGCCGUCUCCGUCCUCAUCGACGAGCUCGAGAAGCUUCGCCAGCCUCUCUCCGUCGCCGUCGCCGAGGAGGUCAGCCUCGCCGUUCAGGUCUCCUCCGCCCCCGCCGCCGCCGCUACUACUAAGCCCGAAGAAGACGAAACGCCGCCCCCGCCCAAUGCGGCGCAGCAGAGCGACGAAUCUGCCGCCGAUGAGGACCACCACCACCAGGAGCCGGCGCCGGUGGAGGAGCUCCUGAACCUGCUCUACUUUGGCUCCUUGUUUGAUGUUAAGACGCAGAGUGACUUCACCUCGAUUAUGUUCACCAGGAGCCACGAGAGAGGGUGCUGCUUGACCUAUGACACCGUCACCGAUGACGACACUGAUUUGCUCUCCGAGAAGGACUUGGAUUUGCUCUCCUCCCUCAGUGGUUUGUUGAUCUCUAGGCCUGUCGAUACGAGCUUAUCUCACAGGAAUGCUCUGCAGCGCUGCAUUGACCACGCCAAGCUCUGGCUCGCUAAGUCGGACCAGCCCAUUGAGCCUGAUGCUAGUGUUACAUAUGCGAGUUUGAGGGAGAGGCUGAGUAGGAUAAUGUCUUCGGACUACUUCACCAUCACGCCUGAAAUGAAAGCUCCUGAGGAAAUGGCAGCUGCUGCUGGCGGAAACUUUGCUCCGUUUCAGGUGAGGGGUGUGGAUGUGGACAGUUUAUUUGUACAGUUACAGCAGCACAAGGAUGAGGAGACACCAAAUCUUCAAGGACAUGAUAUCGGUGAAAAUCAAUCGGGUCCUGUUGAGGAAGUUCAGAAGGAUGAAUUUGAGACAGAAAAUCCUGCAGAGGUUGUCUCGGUUCAACAAGAACAAGUCAAGCCAGAAACAGAAGUAGAGCAUAAUGAGAGAGAUGUAGAAUUCGAGCAACAUAAUGGUCCACGAAGGCAGUAUCAAAACCAAAGAGGUGGCCGUGGAGGAGGCCGUCGAGGUUACUCCAAUGGCCGUGGAGGCCGAGGCAGAGGAGGUGGUCCUUACCAGAAUGGUCGGAACCAGUUUUAUGACCAGCCUGAAAACUAUUAUCCAAGGAAUUACAAUAGGGGAAGAGGCGGUAGGGGUGGUGGACCAUCUUACAACAACCAUGGUUCAGCUGCUCAAGAUGGUCAUGCUUCAGCUAACAUUGGAGUUGCUUCUUAACAGUACUCAUAGUCUUGGUAGGAUGCUUCUUGCUAGUUUUACAUGUGGGUGGUGUUUUCUGCUUUUGUUGGAAAGUGUCUGGAUAUGGGUUUGCUGCUGUUGACGGAUUUAUCAUCCAUGAACUUUCUCAUGUCUCUGUAGUUCAGCUAAUGGGUUUUGGUCGAAACCAUCCAGGGAUAGAUUUUGCAGUAGUUUUUUGAACAAUGUUUCAGGAUGGUGGCAGACAACUUAACUUCUCAGUAUGAUAAUCUAUUUUAUCGUUGUUUCUCUAGUAUUAUAAUCAUUUAGUUCUCGUUCA